GCCGAUUACCAUCAUAGCAUUCGGGGACGUGGCCCAGCUCUCGCGUACUACUCAGGAAGCGCUCACCUCCACUGGCAUUUCCCUCACCCAUGUUCCUUGUAGUAGGUGGGAAGAACAGUUCUGACAGAUCUUUCAUGGCUGACAUUGUCUACUGGGUUUACCAGAACCCUCCGCCAGCGCAUUUCUUCUUGAUCUCAGGUGAUAAGGACUUCGCUAACAUUCUUCAUCGGCUAAGGAUGAGCAACUACAAUAUCCUUCUCGCUAGCACAGAGACUGCUUCUGGAGUCCUUUGCAGUGCUGCAACUAUUAUGUGGCCAUGGAAUGGAUUGGUUAAGGGAGAAAAUCUUACCGUCCGACAUUUUAACCAUCCACCCGAUGGUUUAUAUGGUUCUUGGUAUGGCCAUUUCAAAGGAUUACUUGAUGAUCCUUUUGCGGAUUCUGACCAUCCCACAACUUCACAACCUGAGGAAUCCAUGGAAUUGAUUUCCGAGUUGAAGCCUCGGCCAGUUCCGAGGGUAGUGGUGAAUGCGAUACGUCAGGUGUUGCAUUCUUAUCCCGAAGGUAUUAGCCUUACGGAGCUUCGAAGCGAGCUUAAAAGAAACAACAUAACUAUUGAUAAGGAUUUCUUUGGUUACAAGAAGUUCUCUCUCUUUCUCGCUUCAUUGAACCUGUUGAAGUUUGUCCCAUCGUUGUCUGGUGAUCGACAACCUCUGGUUGUUAGCAUGCUUAGAAAGGGUGCGGAACAAUUUGAUAUUAGGUCAAGGUUAAGUAAAGAGGUUUGUAUCAAUGGUGUUUAUAAGGAUAAUGGUUUUACAAGGAAGGGAGAGUCACCGAUGGAUAAGAUGAGUAUUUCUGCUGAGCAUCCAUCAAGCUUUAAGGAAAGCAAUUUAAAUUCUAAGAAUCAUCCGGUGGUUGGUUUAGAAGGACGUAAAGGUGAUUCGGUUGCUCGACCAACCAUAUUAGAUCCUUCUAAUGCUUUGCAGCAAAAGGAAAACAUUGAAGUUAAAGAGGGGCUCCUAAAGAAGAUAUGGAAGAGGCUUCGUGGUCAUAGAGUUGGUUCUGUCCUCAAAAAAGAUGAUAAUAUAUUGGUGGUAGAUUCUUCAAGUCAUGAAGACUAUAGUAAAAAUGCACCAAACAUGCAAAGUUCUGGCCUUUUCAUGCAAAUUAAACAAAAAGAUGAGGUUAAAGAUCCAAAUAAUCUUUUUUUUGAAAAAGGAAGUUCUGAGAAAUCGAUUGCAAAGGAUGAUAACAGUUUUCCAUCUGAAAAGUCCAAUAAUGUAAAUGAACAAAGGGAUGGUCUUUUGGGCACGAUUUUAAGGUGGUCAAAAUCAUGGAUUUAUGGUACAAAUGAGCAAGAUGACCAUUCUGACUCUAGUGAUAAGGCUCAACAAAUUGAUGCAGCCUGCAAAUCUGGUAAAGCUCAUCCUUUUUCAAACAGCAAUCCAGCAGUUCAUGAGCUAUUCUCAAAUUCUCACUUCUGGGAUGAACUGGAAGCAUUUUUACUGGAUCCCAAGAAUUUUCACCUUAUAUUGAAAUCUAGAACUAGGGAGCAGUUUCUACAAAUGUUACAGAAUGAAGGGCCUUCAUCUCUCAAAGAACUCAACAAUAACAAUCUUUCUCAGUUAGGUAAUAUUUUGUUCUUGGAGAAGAAAUGGGUGGAAGAAACUGCAUCCCAGAAAUUUCCUUUUAAAGUUACUGUUACUGCAAAGAAGAAAUCUAUUCUAUCCCAACCAUAUCAUUUAAAUGGAUUAAGUUCACUUUUUCCUGCAAAAACUAAGCCCGAUUCCCCGAAACUCCAAGAUGAAGAAAAGGAAGAGCAUAACUCUGUUUCUAUAGGAUUUUCUCAGAAUGGAACUGCAGGAAAAAAGGCUGUACCUCACAGCAGAGAUGAAAUACUAUCCCAUUGCUCCAAAUUGCUGGAGGAUCUUUUACAGAAAAACCCCUCUGGUUUUAACAUUAGCAUUUUCCAACCUGAAUUUGUUAAAAAAUACGGCUAUAUAUUGGAUUGCAAUGCUCUAGGCUACCCAAAACUUGCAGCUUUACUGAAGAUAAUGCCUGACAUAAGAAUAGAAAACUCUUACAUUCAGUCUUCUGAGAUCAAAGAGGCGAAGGAAGAAGACGGCGAAGGUCAACAAGCUUUAACGGAGAACAGUCGGUUCGACGACUCUGCUUGGGAUGAGCUUGGACCUCCUCUAUCCAACCCUCCCAGUGAUGAAAAUGGCAGGGAAUACAGCCCAGUUUCCCUCUCUGAUGAUGAAUAUACUGAUUCAGAAGAGGAGAUUUGUCCACCCUCUGAUAGAUCAGGAAGAAGAGAACAAAGCCCGGAUGAUAGUUCUCUGCUGCUAAAGAUUUUGGAUUCUUGGGAUGGCAAAAAGGAAGAUGAUAAGGAGAAAGAGAGGGAUUUUAAUGGCCUGGUAGAUUGCUCCAGAAAUGAAAAUCAGAAGGCUUCACAGAAGCUCAAGUUGAGGACUGGCUUGAAGAACCAUGCUUUUGUAACACCGGAUGAAGAUGAUAAGCAAUUGUUUGCAGAAAGAAUUGUGCGUCAGGUGAUGAAAGCUGGAGAUUCAAGGCUAAAGGGGUGAAAAUUUUGCAUCUUGAUGUUCUAUAGAGAUUAGUUCUUUCUUCCUACAUGCAAAUAGCAAUAGGCAAAUUUUCAUAUGGAAGCAUUUCUUUUUUGCUUUGCAAAAUUUUAUUUUUUUGGUUUAUAUUUGUAAUAAAUGACAAAAGCA